GCUGGAAAUCCCCCUAACUUGGGAAAUCCCGGAAGGUGGAGCAACGAGGCAAAGCAUUAACAUUAUCUUUACCGUGCGACAUCAAGUAUAGCUGAGAGGUUCAGCCAGGCCAGGGUCGGGUGUAAACCGAGCUUAGUUCAGCAGGUGACUUGCAUGGAGCUUGGUCCCUUGACUGCUGUAGGAUCUACCAUUGCCAGGAAGUAAUGCUGAACCUGAUACUGUAAUAACAAGUAACUAUUAAAGGUACGUUCUAAUUAUAAUAUAUCUUAUGGAUUCCUCAUCGCACUUGUAGUUUGGAGAUGAAAAGGUUAACGAGAAGCCGGCUGAGUCUGUAACGCGGUGGUUCUGUGGUGGGUUUAUUGCUGAUAUCAUAGGCCUUUGCUGGGAGAGUUUGCUUUUGCCAUAAAGGAUAAUGAUCGCACGAUGUAGUUAUAGCUACAUGUUAUUUUGUAUACAUUGUGGAUAUGAUGUAUUGUGAUGAUUCGAAUUGUUACUGUUGUUCUGUGUUCUAAGCAUAGUAACAUCCUGCACUGCUUGUCCUGUGUUGAUUGGAGGGCUAACCUCGCACAUGCUCACUGAUACUUAUUACGCAGGCGGUACUCUAUGGGGUUUGUUCACUAAACAGCAAUCCGGAGUCAAUUGAUAAAUGAAUUGUACGAUUUAAUUUUUUUGUGGUCUCCACCCAACCUUAAGUCACAGCUUGGCUAUUAUUAUUAUUGUGUGUGUGUGUGUGUGUGUAUGUGUGUGUAUAUAUAUAUAUAUAUUUUCUAUCAACAAACACGUUGUUAAAGUUUAAGAAUAAAAUGUACGGUUCAUUUUUCACCCCCUUCCUCUCAAUAAUAAUUAAUACGAUUAAGGUUUUACUUACCUUUUAAUAGCACAGAGGCUCUCUCGGUGCCACAUUAUGCAAGUUCCUAGAUUUUUUUGAAAUUACUGUUAUUACUGUUGAGAUAUUAUUAUGGUACAAUAAUAGUAGCAAAGCACAAAUAUGCCCCCACUUCACUUUAAAAUGGUUUACCACACAGUCCAGAGUGGAGAAUUUUCAAAUAUAUUUAUCAAAGACUGAAUCAUCAGAAAUAAUGCAUCAAUUUAUAGAAUGACUGCUUAUCUUUUUGUUGCAAAAGUAGUUUUGCCACACAGAAAGCCAAUAAAAUGUGCUGAUAUAUUUUUAUUACCAUUGUAUUUCUUCCUCGUAAAGGGACACUGUAGGCACCCAGACCAUUUUAGCUCAUUGAAGUGGUCUGUGUCUCUAUUGCCCUUAGUUCUGCAAUGUUAAACAUUGCAUUUCCAGAGAAACGACAAUGUUUACAUUGAAGCACUAAGUCAGCAUCUAGUGGCUGUCUAAUAGACCACCACUAGAGGGCUUCCUGGUUUGAAAUGGACCUUUGUUCCGGUGUCUGACGCAGGACAUCCUCAUGCUCUGCAUGAGGACCUCCAGAAUCCGUUUUUAAAAAAAAAACAAAAAAAAACGGUUCGUAGGGAAAAAUCUUUCCUACGGGGAGGCCUAAUGCACACCCAGCAUUUGUUGCGCAUGCACAUUAGCAUUAACGGCCGCUCAUCGCUGGACGGAGAAGGAGCUUCCACCCAGAGCUGAGGGACAUCGGCGCUAGCAUCAGGUAAGUAAAUAAAGGGCUUUCAACCCUUUUAAAUAGGGUGGGCACGAGAGAGGGGGAGGCAGGGGGAGCGAUAGUGCCAGGAAUACAGCUUUGUAUUCCUGGCACUAUAGCAUCCCUUUAAUGUUACUUGUACAUGACGAAAUACUGUUAUUCUGAUAUUACCCAACCGUUACAGCAAUUUCACUAUGGUUUUUACUAGGCAUUUUAUAUAAAAGUGUGUCUUUGGUCAAAGCUAAUAACAAGACUCUAGAUCUACCAAUCUUGACAUUAUAAUUGACAAUGGCAAAACUUAUCAAAAAUAGCUGGUCAGGAAAUAAAAUCUCAAUCUUAGCUAUAGUCACUGUUUGGCUAUUUUAGUCUUUAUUUUGGAUUUUAAUUUGUUAAUUCAAAGUGAUUACAGUGUUAAAUUAAAAUCUUAGUCCAAAAUGUAAUUUUCACUUAGGUUAUUUUGGUCUCAUUUAAAAUUCAUAUAGCAUUCCUGACUGUAACGGACCGUUUUGCCCAAAAGAGGUUAAAAACCGUUUAGGCGAUAUUCCCCUUUCAGAUGCACAGACCGCUACUGCAAUCACCAAUCUCCCGAACUGCAUACUACACGAAUUCUCCAACUUCCGAACAGGAAACACAUGAAUACUGGAAACAGCUGAACAGGAAAAACCAUAUGAAAGGUUUACACUCCUGGCAGUCAGCAUACAAUCCAAUUCCCCCAAUAACGAGACGACACUUCGUUUGAGGGUUAAGCAGAAUCUGAUUUACUGGGGCUAACUGCCCAGCUUUUAUGCAGGUCUCCCACCUGGUGAACACUCCCCUAGGAGACCAAAUGGGAGACUGGGACACAAAGGGUAAAAGGACCAAUCACAGACUUACACAUUUCAACCAUCCCACAAUGCAUCACAAUUCCUCCUCUCUGCCCUGGAGAUAAUUGGGAAGUAAUUCAAUUAUCUCCAAAGACAGAGGCAAAACUCCAUUAACCACAUGGCAGAAAACAAACAGUAAAAGACAUAAAAUGACCUACAGUUACAUUCAGUACAUAAAACAUAUACGUUCUACAUAUCCCCAGAUAGCUCAGGUCUGAGCGCACAUUAUUAAGCGAAUGGCGCUCAGACCACACGAAUACAGUUUAAUCGCCAUGGAACCAAAGUCUUUACACAGUGAGUUUCAUGCGAAUGGGCUCCAUGGGAUUCCUAUCUGGAGCACAACACACUCAAACAAAACUACCACAAAACUGUGUCCGAUUUCAGUUCCAUGAAUUAAGUGUCGAAAACCGCUGUGCAUUCGCAUGUUUAAAAUGGCCGCGAAUCUACCGAACACCCGGCAGAAAAGCACGAAUAAGUCUUUUCUGCAGGGUAAAAAGAUGUCUUUUAACAUAGUCCAAAGGCAGCAGGCGAGCAACCAGGCUUCUCCAGUGUACAGUGGCGAGGUUGGUUUCGCCACACUGACAAUUUACACUUUAGUGAACAAUUAUGUAAAUCUAAUCGGUUUAUUGCCACAUGACUUGUAAAUCACUAUAAAGUUAUUCAUUUAAACCCCUUUGGAGUUCAAAAUGUGUACAAACCCACUGUGAGUAGGAAAAGGGUGCAAAUUACACAAUGGAUUUUAAGACAAAUGUGACUAAUGUUUGUUUCCUCUUGCAAGCUGUUUGAAUUCUGUUCCGUUUUUUUUUUUAGCUAAAGUUUAAUUUUGAGAGCAUUAGGUAAUCAGUUGUUGCUGAAAGCGAGAAUAUAUUUAUAUUGCUCUUUUAGAGAAUAUACUUGGCUCAGUCCCAUAUUGAUCAACUCAUUGGGUAUUCAUUGUCAUUGGCUAACAGCAUCAGCUGAUUGCUUUCAGACAGUGAUAGAAACACUGAGCAUGAAAUAUGCAUAUAAAUGACAUUAGCCAGGCCCUCUUGUUCCGGGCUGGUUAAAGUUGCCAGAAGUGGGUGUUACACUAAUGAAGUUGCCAGAAGUGGGUGUUACUCCUCGGACAGAAAAAAGAAAAAUAUCUCUUUAUGUGCAUUUCAUAUUGAAACGCUGCACAUAAAGAGUGCAAGCGCCAUGUCCACUUUAACCCCUUAAGGACCAAACUUCUGGAAUAAAAGGGAAUCAUGACAUGUCACACAUGUCAUGUGUCCUUAAGGGGUUAAAACUUGCCAGCUAAGAUGCAUUUUUAAUUUUUAUUUUAUAUGUAGGGUACCGAUAAAGAUUUCCUUUCCACCCACAACUAAUUGACAUCUCUGAGCAGGGUCAUGUAAGGACCCAAAAUAUGUAAAAAGUAUUACUCCAAGCACCAUUAUGUAGUGGUUAUAGUACUAUAGGUAUUUUCUAACAGUUUAAGUUCUUGCGUGGGGACCAGUGGGCAUCACUCCCUGCCUCCUCACAGCCAAAAGUGAGAAGUAAGCCUCGUUAGCUCAAGAACAUUUCUGCAUGAGUGCUGGGUUCGCAGAAAUAACUGACAACACACAGACAUGUUGAGAGAAUGGAGUUUGUAUUAUAUGUAGGUUUGAAAGUGAAAAGGGAAUUUUUUUUUGUACUACUAUAUAUUUUAACCUCUUAAGGACACAUGACGUGUGACUUGUCAGGAUUCCCUUUAAUUCCAGAAGUUUGGUCCUUAAUGGGUUAAAGCUAUACAGUGGGUUGUGCAUUAUUCAUAAAAAAAGAAAAAUACCAACUCCAAGCACUUUACAGCAUGCUGUAGUACUUCUGAGGCCUGUAUUGCUAUGGCACCAUUCAUUGUAAGAAAUCAUACUGAUUUAUUAAUGGUUAGCUGGGCAACAAUCACAGCCUCCUCUGGUGAGCCCAGGGUUUAGCUAAAGAGUGUAGCUGCUAACAGGAGUUUAUGGCCCUGCAAGAAGGCUGAACUGAAGUUUGAAAUAAAUCUAGAGUGUGCAUGUGUUUUGCUUUAGGCUGCAAAAGGAAGAAAUAAAGGAAAAUGUGCUUCAUACUUACCGUAAUUUUCUUUUCCUGAUCAUUAUUCAUGGCAGCAUUUACUCAUGGGUUAGCUCCUCCCCUCACAGCAGAAAGGACAGGAAACAGAACUCUGAAACUGGUAUAAAUAGAUCCUCCCCUUCCCAUCAGGCAGUCUUUGUAACUAGCUUCACAACUCUUAUAAUAUAUGGGUGGGAAUGUAAUGUUGCCAUGAAUAAAUUAUCAGGAAAAGAAAAUUACGGUAAGUAUGAAACAAUUUUUUCUUUUUCCUGACCAUUAUUCAUGGCAACAUUUACUCAUGGGGAGUACCCAAGCAGUAUAUAUAGAGGGAGGGACAGAGUUCAAAAACAGCCAAUAGUUAUAAAACCAUUAUUGGGCUGCAUAAACCUUAGAAGACUUUAGAAACGCCAAACCAGUAAUCAAUAGGAUAUUGUUAUAAAAUCUGUUCAGACAAGGUAAUUUACCCUAGCGGCUGCAAGGUCUGCAACCUCCUGGCAUUCAAUAUCUGAAAUAUCCUGAAUAGAUAUAGAGUCAGAUAGGAAUUAAGGCCAUGAUAGCAUAAGCUGGAGAAGGAACAAGGCUAGACAAACUCUCGUAAGCAAUAAGGAACCCAUCUUGUGAUGGAUUAAAAAAAUAAUGUUCUUUUCUGAUAUAAAUUUAAAACCAAUGGAUGACAUCAUCAAAUCAGAACCUUGAUAAAGGCAUACCUUCCAGAUAUCAUACUGGAACAAGCAGAUAAUAUUGGAUGAGAACCGUCACGCCAUGCUAUUAAACAUGGGGAGAAUUACACUGAGAAUCUACUACUUUCAGGAUGUAUUUUACUUACCUGUAGAUACAGGAAACAAAAUCAAUAUUUGCCUGUCAGAGGCAGAGCACAAUAAUUGACUAUAUAUUGCAAAACCAGACUCACAACAAUACCUCACACUGUGGAUGAAUUGACACAGCAAUGAUCAGUCACAGGAGAGGUAUAAACCUAGGCAAAGGCAAGAAGAAUCAUAUACAGAUUAGUUGAAGACAAAAAUAAAUAUCGGUACGAACCGUAGAAAUUGUGGCAACUACUAAAUUAUAAGUAGGCCAACCACGUCAAUACCUCCAUUCAAAUAUAAACAUAUUGUAAAUAGUACAGAUUAUGCUAAACCGUAUGCAGGACAGGAAAAAAAGACUGCCUGAUGGGAAGGGGGAGGAUCUAUUUAUACCAACUUCAGAGUUCUAUUUCCUGUCCUUUCUGCUGUGAGGGGAGGAGCUAACCCAUGAGUAAAUGCUGCCAUGAAUAAUGGCCAGGAAAGGUAAGUAUUUGUACUAUAACUUAUCUAAUGGAAAUGAGUGUUUAUGAAGCUAGACAAUUUAUAAAUUACAUUUUGUCUGGCUACAGUGUUUGUAUAUCUAGUCACCCCCAGAUACUCUGCACAGCGCCUAGCAUGUUGAUUGUUCCCAGCAUUAAGCAAUUGUCUGAUAUAUGCACAUCCACUGAGGUGCUCAUCUUGUAGGAGGAAGAAGCUGUUUUGAGGUAUUCGUUUAAUAUAUUAAUUUAGGGGUGAUAAACUGACACAAUGGCUUUUAAAAAACGUUUUUUAUUUAUUUCAUUCACACAGUUCUUUGGGCAAUCUCCUGUUUUCAGGAUACAUAGGUUCCGUUAUAAUUAUAACAAACUGGUUUAUCUUUAUCUCUUACCUGCAACUAUAUGUCAAAAAACCAUAAUGGGAUGCCAAUUGCUUAAACCUAAGGAUGGGUUAAGAAUCUGGGUAUUGUGGUUUCUAGAUUGUGGAUAUGAUUUAUUAGCCAGUAAGAUUGUGUAUAGAAAACAGUGGGCAGUCUUGGCUUUGUGGUUUGUUAAAAAUACACUUUGAAGAAGAAGCAAAAAAAAAAAAAAGUCCUACUCUGCACUGGGCUCUGACCUGGUUACCGUAUAUCUUUCUAUGAAUUUAAACUAGUAUUCUGGAUCGAUGUAUUGCUGCCUCUGGGUACUCAUAUACCUGCUACCACUGUUAAAAAACUAUUACAUUCUACAAAAUCGGUUCUUGGUUUUGUUUUGUUUUUUUUUUGUCUCUUAUUAAAACCUUCCUCUGACAGUGAUGCUUUUAUUUUAAAGCUCAAACAUAUGUUAUAAAUAAUGCUUUGCCAAAGUAAUCAUCCAAUGACUGUCCUCAGAGUUCCUUGAUGAUAACAAAACUAGUUAUGAUAUAGAUGAUGAUGUUAUGAUAUUUUAGUAAAACUGUGUAUUAUUAUGGUUUUUGUUUAGUUUUGUGCUAAAGGGCAACUGUGACUUCUCUGGAAUUUACACUUUAAAAAUUGCUUAUACCGUGUAUCUUUUUUUUUUUUUUUUAAUGAGAUGCUCUGGUUUUUGUUAGUUUUUCUUUUUUUUUUAUCAUUUUAUAUAAAAGAAAUUACCAAUGGCAGCAUAAUCCAAAACAAAAGGCAAACAUUGCACAUGGUUAGGAGUAAUAGAAACAUUGUCUAUUCUCUAACACAGCCAUGCUUUCAUUUCAGCUACUCUGGCCUUAAAUUGGAAACUAUACAUAAAACAAACCAUACAUUUUGACCUCUACGGCAGUAGCAUUCCUGUAAAAUGCGUGUUCUGGGUGUGAUCCCAAAUACCCUUUUUUUUUUUUUUUUUUACUUUAAAUUGAAAAUUAACCUUUUUUGACUUUGGUAAAUACCCUGGAUGGCUCUUUCUGUUAAAGUGGUUUCACUUAUGUAUCACUAAUCUACUAACUUUUUGCAAAUAUUAAAUCUAUCUUUGUAGUAAACUAUAUAAAAUGAAAGGCAAACGUGUAGGAGGAUGUGAAAAACUAACCACGUGUUUUGUUAUUUUAAUCAUGCGCUAAUCUCCUUCUCCAUCCCAUUAUUUGUCUUUUAGAUUGUGUUUAAAUAUUGAUAGGGGCAUUUUUAUUUGGACUACAACUACUGUCAACCAGAGUAUUUAUUUUGUUUGUUUUCUACACAACAAUCUUUCUCUUAAUCCUGGUUUGAGUAAACAUUUCAGAUAAGCAUGUAAAUUAUGUCUGCAGCCCUCGCAAUCCAUCCCCUUUUACCUCAGAAGAGACUUUCAUUCUCUUUCUAAGGAAAGAACUAAUCACAAACUUCUCAUUGAGAAGCCUCCGAGUCUGUUCCCUUCCAGGCACUCGUCUGCUAUUACAUGCUUGGCUACUCUUGUUUGGUUGAUCCGUGGUCUAAGAUGAGGUCUUUGGAGGUGCACACCCACAGACUCAUGUGACUGCACAGGUGACUGGGAGGACAAUGAUAUAAAGGGGAGAAGGCAGGCACACUCAAGUAGAGCAUGCCUGCCACUUCUGUUAGCUCAGUGGAGCUAAAGGAGGAAGAAAUCCUCCCAAGGAGGAUGAUCCCGGCGGCGCAAAGUCGCAGAGCAGUGCUGCCAAGGCCAGGUCUUGGGCGGCGCGGUAGGCCCCGGACUUGCUUUUCUUCCUUGGUGCCUUGGGAGCGUGGAAAAACAACAUACGUUGCUACAGGUGUGUAUUCUGGCGAUAUACGCGUGCAGGUGAGGGGUUAGCUUCUAAAAAGAGGCUUUUUAAGCGAUUUCCAGCAGAGCCAAGGUGAAUGGCGUCCGCUCUGGUUCAGAUGCAAGCUCCACCCCCCCUACAAUUUGCCUCUUUUGAACUAAAAUUUAAAAUAAAUUUGUCAAUUCUUGGCAAUUCCUGGUUAGCCCUAUUAGUUAUAAUAUUGGUAACAAACAACAUUCACGACUUGUUCUCUUCUCCUAUCCCAUGGUUUAAUUAACGUAUGAUGUGGGCUGCAAUCUGACUACCAGUUAAUUAUUUGGGUUGGAAUCUGUCCACUAGUUAUCCCACAUCCAGUGGGAUUAGGAAAUUCAUUGUAUAAUGAAAUCAGGUUAUUUCCCACAUAUUUCAGAUAGUUACACUGUAUAUUCAUUCACAGAAAAUGGAAUUCACUGAGCAUUGUAGCCAAGUCUUACUUGUAUAUUUUACAUUUGAUCAGUUUCCCAAUUCCACAGCCUCUGUUUUGUUUUGUUUUUUUACAGACGGUUCACCUCCUCACCUUCCUUCUUCCUCAACAAUGCAGAAACAAAAAAAAUAAAGUAAUGGCUGCACAAGCAGUGUGUCCUUUUAGCCUAACUGCUUGCUUAAAAAUUGCAGUCAUAAUAUUUUCACUGUACGUAAUUCCAAUGUAGCAGGUAGAUCUGUUUCAGCUAAUUAAACUGCACUUCAGAUGUAAUCCAAAGGUUUAAAGCAAUUUGAACCCUAUUCAUCAAAAACCCUUGGAAAUAUCUUACAAAAUUUGAAACUUUUCUUAAAUUGAAAUAUUGAAGUUCGUUGUUUCAAUAUUUCAAUGAUGACAUUGUUUACUAUUUUACUCCAAAUGGCCAAAUAAUUACCAUAUAUUUCUGCUCAGUAUCCAUUUGCUGCACUCCAUUAGUAUAGAUUAUUGUACAAAUCGCAGUCAGGUUUAUUCACUUACCGUAUGUGAGAAUGGUCAGAAAAUCAAAGUCAAUUUAAAAUUUAAGGCCUAAGUAGUCAAACUGGAUACAUUCUAAAGUAUUCAGGCCUUUAGCUUGAAAUUCAUUUUCAAUUAUCAACAGUUCUCACAUUAGAAAAUAACGAUGUUCCAAUGUUCUCUCUAUUUUUGUAUACAUCCUUCUCUCUAAAACUUAACCCUGGUGUUUUAAUUAAUUUUUUUCCAAUAAAACAAAUACAAUUAAAAUCCUAGAUUGCAAGUCCUUUGUACUUUACAAGCGUAUCUAGUUUGACCUUACUUUUUAUCACUGGAAAUUUCAUAAGUGAAUUUUUUUGCAACCCUAAAUCAGUAACCCUUGUCAUUUUUACUGUAAUUAUCACUGUAAAUAUUGUGUAAUUGCUUGUAAGAAUGAAGUUGGCAUAAUAAAGAAAUGAAUGUGUCAAUUAUGCAGUACUUCCCCAUGUAUAUUUAUUUCUUAUCUUUAAAUACAUAAAUUACUUCUGAAAUGCAUGACUAAUUUUUUUUCUUUCAUUUAUGAAAUCUCGGAAACUUGCAUUGGUUGUUUUGUAACUUUAGGGGAUUUCAUUCAAUUUUACUACCUCCCAGGUACAAAAUCAUUGUCCAGAUGACAGCUGACUUUUUUUUUUCUUCCAUUUUCACAGCGAGAUGGCAAACCAGCAAGGUCUUCCUCAGGAUCUAUACAUGAGUAACAUGUUAAAAGCUAUAAAAAUCAGAGAUAAAACUCCACAAGAUAUCGUCAAGCCAAGCAAUGGAAUCAUUCAUCAUUUUAAAACCAUGCACCAAUACACUAUUGAAAUGUUUAUGAUUUGCCAAUUUUGCUCUCAAUUUCGGGAAAUACUACAGAACUGUCUUGUAGACAGAGCUAUGCAGAUCGCACUGGAGUCUCAAAAAAAACUCAAUGCCUGCAAGGAAGUUAAAAGGCUUGUCCCUCUAAAGACAAAUGGUAAGAAUAAAUAUGUGAUUUAUAUUUUCUCUGUUGACUUAUGUUUUGUGGUUGUGUUUUUUUUUUAAAGAAUUAAAAUAUGUAUUUAAAAAAAAAAAAAAGGCUGCUAAAUACCUUGCAAGCAUACUUAUCUUGGUAAUUCCUUAUUAUUUUUUUAAUUGUUUUUUCUUUCAAAGUGUAAAAUCUUAAAUCAAAAUACUGGGUAUAAUUUGGUUUGUUUGUUUGUUUGUUUUUUGGGGUUCAGCGGCCACUGCUUUCAUGUUGACUUACCAGAGAUUUUUAAGAAUGAAUAUAUUGAUCAAGAGCAGUUAACAUUAUAGGAAAGUAAAUGCUCUUUUUAAAAGCCGAUCAGGAACAUUAAGAAUGAGGCACAAUACACUGCAAGAAAGCCUAUAGGGUUAACAGCAGAUAUUAUCUGAAUGCCUUUUCGGGAAGGUAAUUGAGAAUGUAGAAAAUGAGGAAGAAAUCAGUACUAUAAAAACUGAAACUGCACAAGUGCAAGAAGGUUUAAAAAAAAAAAAAAGACUUCUUUUAAUUGGUUUUAGGGAUUUCACUUGCCUUAUGAAUAUACAUUCCAGCAAGACCUUACCCCGCCCCUUUGGAAAGUCCAGUCUGUAUCAGUGUUGAAAGAGUAGAAAAAAAAAACAACAAUAAUUGUUACCCAAUCGUUAAGCACAUAGCUGAACACUGGGAAAUUCCAAGUGACAGGCAGGGAAUUUCAUACUGAUUUUUCUCUGUAAGAAUGAAAUGUGGCGAUAAAACAAAUCUCAUCAUUGUUCUAGACUUUUCAAGGGAAAUUUUACCUGUUUAUUUUAUAAAUAGACGGUGCAUUUGUUCUGCAUUUGCCAACCUCCAUUGAGUUAAAAGAAAUAAAAAGGAGAAAACAUGUAAAGAAUUCAUUGAAUGUAAAUUAAGUUGGGCAGUGUUCUUACCUACAUCUAGGACUAACUUCAUGGCUAGUGAAGAUGAAUUGAGAUGAGCAUAACCCAUUAAAGAUGGACAAUGUUUGACUACUAUCCCAUCAUCCACAGAAAGCACAUUUUCAUUGCAUAGGGAUUGCACCUAAACACAGUUUGAUGCAUGUGCAGUGUCCAGCCAUAACAAUCUUUCCCAUUUACAUAAUAUUAAAGCAAUGGUCUGUCCUUUGAUUUAGUCAUAGAUUUUUAAAUUGCGCUUAGUUUACUAGUAUUGAAAUGUGCUAUAAAGAUGUAAUAACUUGUAUUCUGACCAUAAGCAGCAACAUGCAAGCAGAUUUAAAGGGUCAUUCAAAGCACCAUUGCAACUUGAAUCAUUGCAAAUGUUAUAGUGCAGAGGAUAUCCUUCUACUUGUCGCCCUUCCCAGAUAAUCUUAUAACUGUGGAUACUUACAAAAAAGUCAAAGGCAAAAUUUAAAUUCCUUAUUUGCCAGGUUGUCUGGUUGGCCAGAUCGCUAUCUCUCUUCUUCAGUGCAGCUUUAUUGGAAUGUGCAGUUGGUGAUUUAUGUGGUCCAUACAUUGCCACGUUCUCAAACUGCUGCUCUCAACAUAUUGAGUAAUUCCCCUGUAUCUUGAGUGGAACUAUGGCUGGAAGAUACAUACCCUAUUAAAAUUGUGCUGGAGAUUAGUCUACAAGAUAAGAUCCUAACCCAUACAUCAGAAUAAGCGGCUUCUGAUUUGGGGAGUCUCUUCCUAGCAAGGUCUACCUUCUGUUUGUACUGCAUUAGCAGGACCGUUAUUAACCUCAAGAGUCCCUUUUUAUUUUAAGGAUUUUUUUUUUUUUGCAUAUUUUAUUUUCAAUCCCUUUUGUAAAAAAAAAAAAAAAAAAAAGUGAUUAAUUCCAGCUUGUAGAAUCUCUUUAAUUAUUGCUGCAUCAAAUGUUCUGAGUAAGCUUAACUGUAGAUUUAUAAUAUAGGUAUGUUUUGAGUGAAUGUAGUUUAGCAAUAAUCCCCCUUCCAACUCUGAUUUGUAGCAGCCUAAGUUCCAUAUGUUUGCUAAUGUAUGAAGUGAGCACAUCAGGGAAAUAUUUAAUGUUUUUGAGUAUUUAGUUUUGUAUGAAUAUAAAUCUGUUUCUCCUUUAGUCUUUUGAUCUAUGAAUAGCAUUGAGUGGCAAUUCUGCAUGCACGGCAAAAUGCCACACUGUGUCAAUCAAUUGAUUUCUAUGAUUGUUGAGUUUCCACUGGAAUAAUUUCAACCCUGCAAUGUUAAUAUCCGCAGAAAAGCAAAAGUUUUCAGUUGCAGAAUUAAAACUAGAGGACCAUGGCACCCAAACCACUUCUCAAAGAAGUGGUCUGGGUGCCUAUCGUGUCACAUUUAAUGCAGCGUAGGAAAGACCAUGUUAUGUGUACUCAGAAAAAGAUUCAUGACCACUAAAUUACAUUUGGACUAGUGCUUCCUUGGCACUUUCAGAUCUUUAGCCUGUGUUACAGAUAAACUGUGACAUAAUAUAAAUAUAAUAGAUUGAAUAAAAUGAUACGUAUACAGGUGAGGGUGAACAAGUGGGAAUGUGCAAAUGGGGAGCCAUUUGGACAAUAGACAGUGCGGAUUUGGUAAUCUCACCACAUGUCGUAGCCCUAUUUACUACACUUAAGAGAAAUAUGUGCAGAAAUGUGUUUUUGUUUUUUCUCUUUCCUCCCCACCUUUUUCUUCCUUCAUACCUUCCUCGAUUUCGUGGACCUCUGUGCUAGCUCCUGCACUUGCUCAAGUGCUUUAAUUGUAGUCCGUUCCCGUGGAUGGUUACCACAAAGUGGGGACCGCACUGCGCUGUGGUCCUAGGCGGGUCCUUGUUAAAGAGAGUGUGAACAACUGUGUUCUACAAGUACUGACAUCCGAUGCAUGGGGCAAAGUUGUGGUUGUCUGCUAUAAGAGAGCACUUGUAUCACUUUUAUCUCUGUAAUUUGCUAAAACUGUUUAUCCUUUAGACUGAUGAUCCUGUUUUAUUCAUUUCUUGCAACUUGUAUAGUAUACUAAUGUUUCUUUAUUUUGUUCAUAAACGUAAUCAAGAAUAUCCAUAAAUAAAGAUUGACAAAAAAAAAAAAGUAUCUCCAUGACCAAUAGAUAUAACAUACAAAAUUCAGCAUACUCUACUUUAAAUUGGCUUUAAUAUACACAAAGUUUUCAAAACCACCUGAUUCAAGUACAGAUAAUGGAAUUUAGUUACGGCAUAUGAUCGCAUAUUGUAUACACAACAUUUGUGUAUCCCAUUUUGGCACGUCUUCCUGUAUACCAUUGUAAUAAUGACUCUGAGAGCAUUUGGACCUGCAGAAAGAGGGUACAUAGGCAUUGUGUCGUGCUUAUGAAAUGUAUGUUCAUAGACUGCAACUAGAUUACCAUUAUUUUUACCUUAAUCUGUGCUUAAAGGGACACUAUAGGCACCCAGACCACUUAAUUUUAUUGAAGUGGUCCGGGUACAAUUUCUCUGUCCCUCUUAGUCCUUCAGUGUAAAAGAUAAGCCGUCAUAAGCACUGAAACGCGCGUCGGGUUUCUUUUUACUUAUUUUUAUUUUUGCACUAAGCACUAGUCACAGUUUGCACUUCUCUAAUUGAUGUUUUAAUGGGAACAGGAAGGUAGAUGGCUAAUAUGGCGGCAGUAACUAGCAUCUAACACCCACCAACGUGUAGCUUCUAGUGAUCAGUGAAUUAAGGUCAGCCAGAUUUGGAAGUGGUUAAAGAGAUUUAGUUGAACUAUCAUGGAUCAGUAGUUAGCCUUAGAGACCAAUAGAUCAGGGUCCGCCAGAGGAGUAGCUUAUAAAGGAGAUUAUUUUGACAUCAAGGACUAAUCUGGGAUCAAUUGGUAGACUUGCUAGUACUCCAGUUUAAUAUAAGCAUAUGUAGCUUGACAUUUAUUAUCUUUGUAACUAUUGUGAAGUGAAAAUAUAUCUAUCUCCUCAUCCUCCAACUCACUACCUAUAGUAAUGCAAUACCUGUUCAUCUAACAUUAUACCACUCCUUUAAAUUUGGGAUAUAGCUAUCCCUCACAUUGUGGAGGGAUAUUGUGGAUACCAUUUUAAGAUUUAUUCUCUUGCUCUUUUCUACCUUGAUAUCAUGUAAAUUGUCCUCCCCUAUGGUACUUUCCUUGUAACUGUAAUAGGAAUUUAGUGAAUCCUCCCCUUUGUUUCAAAACUUCACAGCCUUAUCUAAUCUUAUGCAGGGAAUAGACUUUCUCCCCCUAAAUAAAGAGAGAUUAGAUACAUGUCUGUGUUAAUUAUACAAUGUAGAUAGAAUGAAGAGAUUCAUCUGAACUCCUGGAUGGCUACCAUUUUUUUCAGGGGUCAAGUCCUGGGGAAUAACUUGUGGGAACUCACCCAAGAUCCCCCCCCCCCACCACCCCCCAAAAGAAAAAUGAUACGCACACACACACACACAUAUAUAUAUAUAUAUAUAUAUAUAUAUAUAUAUAUAUAUAUAUAUAUAAUAUCUGGGUGAAGGGGUGACAGUGUGUAGAGGCUGAAAGUAAUUGGAGAUGGUGAUAUUGUAUGGAGGGGGUGACAGGGUGGGGAUAACUGUAAGGUGGGGAGGGGGGACUGUGAGGUGACAGCCAGACACACACACACACACACUUCCCCCAAACACUCAGAUUAUUUUUUAAUAUUCACCCAUCCUCCCUACAUUUGGGAGAGCUGGGUGGAUUUUUUACCAGUGGGGCUACUGGCCGGUCUGUGCGGGUAGGAAGGAAGGCAGGCAGGCGGUUAAACUCCAGACGUGAUGCAGGAAUUACGACAUAUUCCAGCUCCCGGCAUCACUCUGCGGCGCGCAAGGGAACUGAGCAGGGAAAGCUCACAGAUCAGCGUUCCCUUGCAGCCCGCCUGCCUUGAGGCUAAGAAGGCAAAUGCCUUGCUUGCCUCAUGGGCAAACAAGUCCUGCAGGACCACAAACUGGAACGGUGUUCCUGCUGUGGAAAAAGUGCAAGAACAUCGUUCCCAUGCAUUCCUGCAGGACUUGAGCCCUGAUUUAUUUUUUUAUUUUUUUAUUUUUUUAUAUUUUUUAUUUUUUUUAACAUUAGGUAUACUUGCUAUCCAUUAAGGUCACUUUGGCAUUUUGGCAAUGAUCAAUAAAGCCUAAAUGAGCCAUUGGAUACUCUGUAGCAGUUUCAUACCCAUUAAAUAUUUAUUCCUUUCUAAAUACCUCAUAGAAAUCUCUCUUUGGGAUUUCUUGCUUACUCUAGUCUAUUUGAUAUUCAAUGGGUCCAAGACCAAGGUGCAAUUGGUACCACCUAUAGUGACGAACUCCCUCCCCUUUUUUUUUUUUAUAAUUAAAAAGAAAGAUGUAUACCUUUUAAAUGUUCUCUUUAAGAUGUUUACACCACCUAAGAUUAGUGAAGGGGGUUUCAGAGUUAAAGUAAAAUUUCCCUACCAAUGCACUCUUUUUCUUUUGCUUUUUGUUUAUGUAGUCUAAAAUAUUUUGCAAAUCACAUGUACUGUGACUUUCAUUAAUAGUUUUGCUAUCAGUGUUUUGUUACCAAGUACCUGGACACUUGUCAUGCAUAUUAAAGUAUAAAGUGAAAAUACUUUGCCUUACUGUAUAUGCAGGCUGUAUUCCUGGUUUUGCAAAACAAACAAGUUCUGCGGAACCUAAGUGAAUUUUGUAGCUUCCAUUUGCAAAAGAAAAGGACAGAUGAGGACAGUGGAAAUUCACAGAUAUUGUAAUUUACAGUAUCAAUGGAUCUCAGCGUAAAUUCUCCCAGCAUUAUUAUUCUGUCAGUGCUUUCCAUGGGAAAAUAAAUGUGCGUAAUUGCAAUAUUGGAGAUGUCAUGCCUGCAUACACGUGAUUUAACUCAUGCACAAUAUAGAACUUGUACGAAUGCUCAGUGGUAUUCAUUUAUUUACCUAUGGCACUGUCUGGCAAGAUUUCUCUUUCCUGCUGCCAGUCAUAUAGCAAUAAGAAAAUGUGCCCACAAAGUCUAAAUGUUUUGUUUAGCUGUUGCAUUUCUAUUUUUUUUUUUUUGUAAUUCUUUAUAAGUAAAAAAUGCAGCAUUGCAUACAUGAUGUACAUAGAAAAGGUAUGUAGUAAAGUUUACAUCUUGUAAAUUGAGGUUGGCAUUUGCCAGGAUAUAUUGCAUUACAACAUAAUAAACAGUUUAGAUGUAGACCCAAUUUAGUUGGGCUCCUGCUGUGGUAGACAAAGGUGAAUAAGGAGAAGAUCACUUGGUAUGCCCAUCUGAUGGUUGGCUCCAUCUUAAACUGAUUUUUUUAUUAUAUGGGUAUAGAGGAAAAAAGAGGGAGGGGUUGGGGACUUAUAUGAAAGGGUAGAGAAAAUGUAAUUGUGGGGACACUGGGGCUUUGGUGCAAAGCAUUGGCAUGGGUGACCCUGUCGGAUCCCUCUGCGUGUUGUUGCACCUUUCCACCUUUCCCACGGCUGCCACACCUUGUUAUAGAAGCAUAGGUAUUACGCACCUGCACUCUCAGUUUAUUCAUGAGAAAGUUAUCCUUUAUUUUAGUGAUAACUUUGUCGAGAGGGGGGGAUGUCGACAUUAAGCCAUUGUUGGGUUAAUGCUCUUCUGGCCGCUAGUGUUAUUUUGUUCACUAAUUUCUCGUGCUGUAAGUCCAUCUAGUGGCUUAGCCAGUAGGUAGAUCCAAGGGUCCCUACAGACCGGUCUCCCCAGUACGUCUGUAAUCAGUUUUUCUAUUGCUGACCAAAAGCUCUCUACCCAUGGACAAGUUCACCACAUGUGGAUGUAGGUGCCCCUCGCACAGCAGCCCUUCCUGCAAUCAUCUGUGAGAGUUUUACCCAUUCUGCAUAGUUUGAUUGGGGUGGUAUACCACUUCAUGAGAGUUUUGUAUGAUUGCUCUUGGAGCACCAUGCAAACGGAGACCUUGGCUUCUGCUUCCCAGAUAUCCUGCCAUUCACCACCCUCUAAGAUCUGUUGUAGAUCUGUUUCCCAUUGUAUAAUGUAUGUAAGGGGUUCUUUGUUGCCCUCUGGGGUGCUGAGCUGGGUAGUUGUUGCAUUUUUAAUGUAUUAACUAUUAUUAAAGCAUCAAUAAGACUUAAUCAAUAUGCACUAUACUAGACAAGAUGCAUUUUUUUAAAACCAAUUUGGCUACAGCAACUGGGCAUUCAUUACAAAGAAACACAUUUUAUAUCUCGUUGCUUAUUGACAAGUCUGAUUAAAUACACAAUAUUUUCUCGUGUGUGUGUGAAAAUAACAAUAAAGCAGCAAACAAAAAUAAUUUCCAAUAUUCAAGAAGAUAUAAGCAGCCAAACAUAGUAAUAACCAAAGCAUUAACAAACCUAUUUUAUGUAAUUUUUCAUAAAAUUCUAAUGUUUGAAAUGUUAUAUAGCUUGAUAGAACCAGGAUGAGGCUGUAAACUCCUGAGGAAAUCCACACACUAUAAAUAUCACUGAGUCAUGGCACCAACGUAUCAUUUUAGUCAGGUGAGCCGGUGAGACCAGCAGUGUAUCAGUCAUAGUCACAGGAUUAAGAAUAAAAAGUACUACAGUCACAUUUCCAUGACUCAGAUUAAUACACUACUUGCUAAAUCAUUCAUAGUUUACCGUUAAACGAAGAUGAAAAAAAAAUAUUAUAUAUUUAAAUGCAAUGACCGAACAGAAAAUGUUUGUACUUUAAACUUUUGUUAUUGGUUUUGUUGGAAUUAAAACAAACCAUGCUCAAUCCAGUGAAGUGGUGGAAUAAACUGUUCUCUUUAUAUUUUAAUGAAAUACAAAAACAUAAUCCUCCAUAACCAAAAUUGAUGGAAAUUAGGGCUCUACAAUAAUUCAGUGCCUUAAACUGCCUAAAUGUCAUGUUAAUGGGACACUAACUUUGCUGAGCACAGAUUUUUGCGUUUUGAGCUCCGCUUGAUUUUUAACGGAUUCUAAUACAUGUCUUUGUUCCUUUGAAAGCUCUAGCUUAAUGAAUAAACUGGCCUCCCCAAGGAAAAUGAAAUGUAAAAAGUUAAAUGAACACUCCAAGUACCAUAACCACUGUAGUCCACUGUGGUGGUUAUUGUGUCCGCAGUGCCCUGGUACCAGUGUUAAUUUUGGCUGCCAAUUUUAAUUAGGUUUUAGUUAUAGUCUUUUGACUAAAAAGCUGUUUAAGUCAUAUGUUAGUUAUCUGAAUAGUUUUAAAGUCAAGUUUUAGUAGACAAUCUUGAAAUAUUUAAUCAACUUAAAUCUGACUACAAUUGUUAUUUGACAAAAUUUAACACUGCCUGGUACCCCUAAUGUAAGAAGUCAAACCAUUUAAGAAUAGUUCGACCAGUUAUGAGGGAUUUACCAGGCUUCCCUCGCAUUAAGCUCUAAUAAGGGCGGAGAGGGUGGGGAGGGGCGGUUAUCUUGACAUUUAUUUUUUAUGUAUGCAUGAAUCAAAACCUGUUUUCUUAUGCUCAAGGUUUGCAGUAACUUAUUCUAACUAACUGUAGAAAGUGCAUCCCCUAGGCUAUUUAACUAAGAGCAUUUUGACACUUUUAAUCAUUUUAUUACAAACCUUUAUAUUUUUUUGUACAAGUGUUUUAUUUUUGCAAAAUUUGCAGAUUACGUGUCCUACUACUGUCCACACCCCAUAUACGUAUUCUGAUACUGUUUGCAAAUACAAUGAUACCCCAAAUGUAUAAUUUUCCUACCAUUCCAACCCCAUCUUCCCAAUUAUCCUACCAUAAUCCAACACCAGAGAGAUUCCCUCUGGUUGAAGUCAGUACCAGUAGCGAAGCUUGACUUUUUUACCUAGGGCAGAGACUCAGUUGAGCGGUGAGGGGGUGAAUGUGGGGAGUGUGACAGGGUGUGUGGAAGGGUGAGGGCUGGCUGGUUUUGGUGAUCCGGCAAAUAUGCAUUUUACAUUUUUUUUUUUCUGUUGUUGUCUUCCAGGUGAUGGGAACUGUCUAAUGCAUGCCACUUCUAUGUAUAUGUGGGGUGUUCAGGACAUGGACCUUCUGCUGAGAAAGACCUUGUAUGAUGUCUUGAGGACUACAGAUACUCGAAACUUCAAGUAUCGUUGGCAAUUAGAAUGCAUAAAGUCCGUAGAGUUUGUACAAACAGGACUGCGUUACAAUACGAAGGUAAGAAAGUUAUAUUUUAUUAAAUGUUUUUUCUGUGUACAAAUAAACCAAAACCACAAUAGUAUUAUAGUGAUAGUAAAAUAUAUAGAGAGAUUUAUACAUAUUUCCAUUUGUUGGUAAUAUUAAUGCGAAGAAAAACUGUAUUGAACAGGUUGGUUAUUUUUGUUUGUGUUUUUUCUAUGACUAAUGCUAUGAUAGAGUUGCACCUUAACUUGCUGUGGGAUUGUGACCAACACAUUUCUUGUGAAUAUCAUUCAGAGAUCAUUGAUAUUUAAUUUUAAUACCAAAUUAAGGUAGUUAUGGGUCUUCAAUAAAAGCAAAUCGGCAUUGACUUUGGUUUUAAUUCAUAGAAUUGGGAUGAAGAAUGGGAACAUCUUGUCCAAAUGGCAUCAGCUGAAACAUCUGAGGGCCGAAGUGGGCUCCAAUAUAAUUGCCUUGAGGAAAUACACAUAUUUGUCCUAGUUAACAUCCUUCGGAGGCCUAUUAUCGUUCUUUCAGGUGAAUAUAUUUCACAGUCCUUAUGAAUAUGUGAGCUUUACCUAGCUGAGUGACAUGAAAUAUUUGCAGACUGUAAUUAUCAGUGCUUAGAAUUACAAGUGGUGCUAAAACAGAAAAUGAUUGAAAUUGUGUCGGAUUAUCUUCCUGAAUAGAUAAGGUUAUGAGAACCUUGGACUCUGGCUCCAGUUUUUCCCCUCUAAGUGUGGGUGGAAUUUAUUUACCUCUUCAUUGGCCUGCACAGGAAUGCUAUAAGCACCCUAUCAUUCUUGGAUAUGACUGCCAACACUUUGCACCUCUUGUAACUAUGAAAGACAGUGGACCUGGUAUGUAUAUAUUUGUCUUUUCUUUAGUUUUAUAGAGAAGUUGUAUAUAUUUGAAAGCUCCAAAAGCAAUCUGUAAGGUCUUACAUCUGGUUUCUUAAUUAAAUCUAUUCUAAAUCCCUUGUAAUGAAAACGUGGCUGCUAUGACCUACAUUUUACCAAUUUGGUUUUCAAUUUACUACUACUGACACAGAACCAGCUAAAUGAAGUGCCAACAGAAUGUUGUUUUAAUUUUUUUUAUAUGCUUAGAUCCUAGUUCUCUGUAUAAAGCAUAGGUAAAUUAGUCAUUUUCAGCAUAUAUCCUAUAGCAGUUCACAAGUCAUGUCCUUACCAGAUCCAAUUUCCUUUACCGUUAUAUUUUCUAUACUCAAUAUUUUUGUGUGCAUGUCUGUAUCUAUCUAUCUAUCUAUCAUAUUUCUCUCUCUUGCUCUCCUUUUUUUUUUUUUUGCUAAGGAUAUAUAUUACUCAGGACAUACUUGAAAACAAGAGAAAUCUCAAUGUAUCUUUCCUGGUAAAAUAUUUUAUAAAUAAAAUAUUUUUACAAAUAAAAUAUUGGUGUUGAUGCUGUUAGACCGUAAUUGUUAAUACAUAUAUGCAGUUGUUCAUGUUGGUGGAAUGUUUUUUGAUCACAUGUCAAAAUAUUCAUAUGAAAUGUGGUUUACCUAACAGAGAUACGAGCUGUCCCAUUGGUCUUUUAUGAAGGACGGACAUUUGCAGACAUGAACGUGCAUUUUUUGACAGAGCGUGAGGAGAAACUGAAAGAGAAGCUGCUUAAAGAGUAUUUAUUGAUGUUGGAAAUUCCCGUGCAAUGCUGGGAGCUUGGAACGAAUCAUUUAAUAAAUGCUGCCUGGUCAGUGACACUGAAAUGACUACUUAAACAUUCCUCUUAAUUAGAAUAUAUUUGGAACGUCUUCUUGCCUAAAUAAGGUCUUAAACAGUCUUUAUUCACAGUGUGAGUUAUUGCAAAUUUUAUGCAAAAGUGCCCAAACAGGGAAAAAAAAGUUGACAUGGAGAAUGUAUCCAGUUGGGCUAUUUUGGCAUAAAAUUGUAAAUUCACUUAGAAGUACCAACAAUUCAUAAUUUUGUGAAUAACCCUAUUAGUCUCACUUUCGCUUAUGGGGUAUUUUAGUUUUAAAUUUGUAUUUAUUAUUUUUGCUGACAGAUGUGAAGCUCUUUUUUUAGUUCCUCAUUUCUCCUCUAAAUUUCAAGUGUGACAUUGGGAAAAGCCACCUUGGGCACAGUAUUUCUGAGAAAUAAUGUUUUCACAAUUCUCACAGAAUUCCCAGUUUUGCAUGCAAAUUAGCCCAGACAGGCAUUGUGUUUCAGAUUUUAUUCUGUAUUUCUGUGGAUACCCUUAUGAGUGGACCUUAUCCAUAUGAUGCAUAACAAUUUAUUUUAAUAUUGUAUAUGUUUAUAUAGUAAUAUGUAAAUAUAUCAAAUAUGUCACUAGGUAUCUUUGCAAAAAAAAUAAUAAUAACAAUGAAGUGACAUUGACACACAGAAUAUUAGAAUAGUAUGAUUACAAAGUAUACUUAUAGAGUAUUAGAAUCUAGCAUAUCAUGUUUUAGAAUUCUGUCACCUGCAAUUAUUCUCAUUUUCUAAUUAAUGAGUAAUAAUGGAUGGUGCAGUCUGUGGGCACCAAUUUCAGACUUAGCUGGUGUAUAUUUGUGUGUAUAGAAAUAUGUAUUUGUACAUGUAUGUGAAUGUACAAAAGAAUAUAUGUAUCUACAAAUGCUAUAAAAAGUCAAAACUGUCUUGUUUAUAGGUUGGAUGAAGGCAAUUUACCAAAUGAUAUAAAUUUAGUGGAAGAUUACUUAAAGCUGGCACAACACGAGUACAAGAGGUGGCAGGAGACUUCAGGGCAAAACAGCACCGGAACUGGUGCCAAGAGCAAAUUUGAGAUUUCUUUAAAUCAUCUGUCAAUUUUAGAAGUGAAAUGUAAGACUCCAAAUUGUCCUUUUUACAUGUCUGUGAGCACCAAACCCUACUGCCACGAGUGUUCCGAAAACAAGACAAGUGGUAAAUCUAACAAAGAAAAGACUGAAUCUGUUACAGCUGGAGAAGAAUAUUAUAAUCUCUCAAGACAAAUGGCAGGAGAUACAGAUGUGCGGCCACUUUCUGCUUUUGCAACUGCUCCUAGCCUUUUUCUCUUUAGUGAAACUAAUGCAAUGAAAUGUAAAACUCCUGACUGUCCUUUUACAUUAAAUGUGGGGCUCAAUGGACUAUGUGAUCGCUGUCAUAAUUCCAAACAAAACCCCCAUCUCAACUGUAUUGAAAGGACAAGAAAUAGCAACAUUAUACAUUGUAAUGUCUGUUUAAAGAAUACCACACGAACUUUUAAUGGUAUCUGCAGCUCUUGCUUCAAAAGGACUACAGAACAUUCUACCAGCUCAAGCUUCCCACCAGCUGUCCAUCAGAGGUCAAUCUCUGAACCUGCUAGUUUAUCAAGGAGUCUAGUUCAAUUAGCAGGUCUAGAAACCAGCAACCAAGAACUCCGAGAGCCACCUGCAGUUAUACAGUCAAUAGUGCCUUUUACUGUAGAAGAAAGAACAGUUAAUCAAAAGUGUAGAAAAUCUGGCUGUCCAUUUUUUGGAACGCUUCAGAAUGAAGGCUUCUGCACGAUAUGUUUCUUUGAAUUUCAAACCAAUAAUGGUAUGUUGUUUGUGUUAUAUGUGUAAAAACCCAUAUUUUUGUAUAUGUGCUUUGCUGAUUGAUUUUAUGUGAAAAAAAAUACCUUUUUUCUUCUUCUGUUUGUCUUGUUAUGCAUAAUUUUGUUGACAUCCCAAUGUCCAUUUGUUUUACAGUUAUAGUUUAAGGAACACUAUAGUGUCAGGAACACAAACAUGUGUUCCUGACCCUAUUGUGUUAAAACCUCCAUCUUGUCCCUCUCCCCCAUUCCUUGCCUCCCUAAAUAUAGUCAAAUCUUACUUGUAUUCAAGUCUGCAGCCUCUGCCCCUGAUCUGCCUGCUUGGCUGACAUCAGAAGUGAUUAUCUAAACCAAUCACAAUGCUUUCAAAUAGGAUUGGCUGAGACUGUCAAGGAAGCAGAUCAGGGGCAGAGCCAGCACAUGUCAAACACAGCCCUGGCCAAUCCGCAUCUCCUGUAGAGGUGCAUUAAAUCAAUCCAUCUCGAUGAGGAAAGUUCAGUGUCUCCAUGCAGAGGGUGGAGACACUGAAUGGCAGUCACACUGUGCAGCACUGCCUCAGGAAGCACCUCUAGCAGCCAUCUAAGGAGUGGCCAGUGAAGUUGUCACUAGGCUGUAAUGUAAACACUGCAUUUUCUCUGAAAAGACAUUGUUUACAGCAAAAAGCCUGACGUUAAUGAUUCUACUCACUAGAACAAACACAAUAAACUGUAGUUGUUCUGGUGACUAGAGUGUCCCUUUAAUACAGUUGUACAUAUCUGUGCAUGUAAUAUGUUCAAUACAGAUACAAAUACCGCAUAUUCACAAGGAUACUUUUCAUCAACAAUGGGCUGUAAUGUGGAUUACUAGUAGUUCAGUGAUAAAACACCAACAUUAUCUACAGCACAAUAUAUAUGAUGUAUUCAUAAUAUGUUUAAGGGAGAGAUGUUCGAAUUUUGUUGUGGUCUAAAUACCUGCAUUUAAUUUGUGCAUUUCUGUUUUGUGUUUUCCAUAAUCUCAGGAGUUCAUUCAAGACGAUCCCCAAAACCUCCCUCAGUCUCUGGUCAAAAUAAUGUCAGUGCUGCUGCUUUCAAAAACAUGUCUCAUUGCUUAGGACAAGCUUGCAGCACACUUGGGAGUACACUGUUUGAAGGUUACUGCCAGAAGUGUUUCAUUGAGGCGCAGAAUCAGCGUUAUCAAGAGGCCAGGCAUGCUGAUGACCGUAUGCUAAGGCUAACAGAGGUGAGAAAAAAUAUGAAUACAGAAGUUAUUUUUUUUGUUGCAUUAGUAUGUUGUUUGUUUUUUUACUGUAUUUCAGUGCUUGAAAUAAAUGAGAAUAAUUCACAAAUGUUACAGUGACUUUAGUGAACUCUAAUCUGGCACAAAUUGCUGGACUGUACCAAAAAGGACCAAAUAGAAGUUACUUACCCUCUUUUAAAGAGUUUUUCAAUGCACUGCUUAGUCAGCGAAGAGCAUCUUAUUCUGGUUUGUGGAAACAGUUUUUCUCACUUAAUCCUCUGCACAGUAGGUUGUAAUGGGAUGAGUCAUUUAUCCUCAAUAAGCAGUUCUAGUUAUCACAUAGGAUGAUUGGAAAUGAUCGAUCAGCGGACAGUAGCCAUACUAUAUGGCUUAGUGAACCAGGCUGUGUAUUACUUUCGAAAAAGCUGCAGUUUAAUGUCCAGAUCUCUUUGCUGGGAAGAGAAUGCAUCCCAUAGACAUACAAAUUAAAGACAAAAUGAACACUGGCAACCCCAAGCGAACUGUUCUGGGUUGCCUGACUGGCUUUUUUUAACAGAUUACUGCUGUUAUAACCCAUGCUCGGAAAUAAACGUUUGCUCCUGGUUCUUCUAGCUUUAUGCCCAUUACAGUAGUGAAAGGUGCUUAUGGUGCAUGUACAUUUAACUUUUUAAAGAUAAACUGUUGCUUCCUAUUUUUUUUUAAUAUUGUAGUUAGUUUAACAAAAAAUGUUUUUGAUUUCUGAAAAAUAAAAUCAACUAACUUUAGGAAUCCACUCCUGUUUAUCCUGCAAAAAUGGUGCCUCCAUCUUUGGUUUAGUUACAUUAUUCUGGUAAAGAAAGCCCAAUGGUAAUUAAAUGAAGAAUUUUUAUGAUCUACAUUAUUGCUUGUCAGCAAUGCUGUACAGUAAAACAGAAAGACAUACUGAAGUAAAUAUUGUAUGAUUUUCAUUUUUUUUAUUUUUAGAAGAUGGGACAAACUAGGAUUUCAAAGCAUACAAACUCCCAGAUGAAAAUUUGUGCCCGAAGUCUCUGCAGCAACGCAGUAGUCUGCCGAAGUGAAGAUGUCUGUGAACAGUGUAAGCAUAGAAAUGGUCACAAACCACCGUCAGGAGAAGACAUUACAAAACAGCGAUGCCACGCUCCAGGCUGUGACCACUAUGGGAACAACAAGUGCAGUGGCUAUUGCAAUGAGUGCUACAAGUUUAAACAAUUAUACGGCUAGUGCAAACAAAAGGACUUUGUGUACUAUAUAUUUCUAGAAUUGGUGCUAUCUUCAAAACACUUUUAGGAUUUUCCCUGCUAUAAUAUAUGAUAAUGUCUCUUAACUGUUAUUUGUUAAUUUUGAUUACUUUUAAAUGUAUCUAUACAGUGUUUUGUGUAAUUAAUGUGGUUAUAUAAGUAUGUAAAUACAUAAAUGUAUAUACAAUUACUAAACCUUAUUUAAAAUUAACAUUUUUCUAUCAGUUUUGUGCUCUCUCUUCUAUUUAAAGUGUAUUGGCUUUCCUCUCCCAUUGGUUGUUUGUUGUUUGUUUUUGUUUUUUUUAUUUCUUGUUUUUCUUUCCACAACAAUUUCAUAUUUUGCCUAUGUAAUCUGGGGCAGCAGCACAGUUGAACAAUUGUCCUAUGCUUCUAUUUAUAUUUAUUAGCAAAGAUAAAAUUGUCUUCCAUGCAUAAGUACAGUUGUAUGACUAUCCUAGUUGGGUAAUUAAUAAAUUAAUGAAAAUAGGACUGGAGUGACAGAUAAACUAAAGAAAAUAUGCAAUUUUACUGUCGAUAUAGUAGAACUUAUAAAUUUAAACUCUGUAAAACAUAGUAGCUUCAUAUCGCUACAUAUUAGUCAAUGAUCAUCUUCAGCUUGACAAAGACCCAUUAUUGGGUCGAAACAUUGCUGCUUUGAACACUUGGUUCUAAAAAAUGUGCCUCUUACUGAGCUCUGGAGUUCCCGGAACUUUUCUUUCCUGGAUGAUUUUCAUGAUUGUUUUAUUAGAUCUGUAACACAAAAUGGUUGCAGGUCAAGCUGUCACAUUAAUGGAAUUCAGUCAGCAAUUAUUGGUUUUAUUUUGAUAUAUGGGAUACCUGUUCAUGUUAGUAAUAACAUAUACAGUAUGCAACAGUUUGUGUUUCUUUAAAUUCUCUGAGAAAUAAUACUGCGUUCAGAAUUCUCAUGACUACUUCUUUGAUUCUGUUGGUUAAAAAGUCUCAAAUGACCCAUUAUUUUAUAAUGGUUUGUGUUUAAUCAUACCACUGUGUGAUAUUUAGGAGCAAAUCCAGAUAUCCCUGGCUUUGUGCAACAAGCAGUCGUAAUCAAACAUGGUCAUUUGCCUAUUAUUCUGAUUAUGUAAUAUGAUAAACAACUAUGAUUGACAGCAUGAUUCAAUUAAUCCUGAAGAUACAAUCUUUUUAGAAAAAUGUUGUACAUUCUAAGCACCAUAACCACUACACUUUGGUAUAAUGGUUUUAAUACUGCCAGUCUAUAGGGACAUUCCACUUUCUUUUAUAAAACAGUUUUAGAGAAGUUUGACAAUGAACAGGACUGCUGUACAUGGCCACCUCUUUGAUAAUGCAGAAUUUACACUUCUGUAUUACGAAUAUUAAUUCUACCUAACGUGCGUGGCAGUAAGCUGAGGGCUCAGAAUUAACACUCUUUAUGCAGGACAGAGGCAGCUAUAUGAGUAAUGGCAAAAUGGUGCCUUUGAGCAGGAAGUCCAAUCUCUCAUUCAGUAGCUUUAAGAAAAUUACAACUCCCAUGAUUCCACUGGUACCAAAGGGUUGUAAUCCAUUGAUAAGCUUGCUGGCAUGAAUUGUUUCUAUCUUAUUGAUACAUAAUUGGAUGCUCAUGUAAAUGAAAUCAAUUUUAUUUAAAUUUUAUAAUUAAGCAUGGCCACAAUAUUAAAUGCCUUUCAGAAGUGGAAGACAUUGAUUUGACUUUUACUGACACAUUGAAUCAAAUGUGGAAAAAAAAAUGUUUCAAUAGAUGUUACAAAUAUUAAUUAGGAAUAAUACUUGCACUUUUACAAUGUUUCCUGACACACCAAAUAUUAUUAUAUAAUAAAUUAUUUAAG